AUGGCCAACAACUGGACUGAACUGACAACUAGUUCUCCAGAAGGCAUCGUCGCCGGACCUGUCGACGAGUCCAAUUUCUUUGAAUGGGAAGCUCUCAUAGCUGGUCCAGAUGGUACGCCUUUUGAGGGCGGUGUAUUCGCCUCUCGGCUCACAUUCCCCGCGGACUAUCCCCUUUCUCCACCAGAGAUGCGCUUCACCAGCGAGAUAUUUCAUCCAAACAUCUACCCCGAUGGCCGAGUCUGCAUCUCAAUUCUCCACGCCCCCGGCGACGAUCCGCUGGGUUAUGAGACGUCAUCAGAACAACCCAAUGACGAGAGUGCGGCCAACGUAGACGCUGCCAAGACCUGGCGUGAAGAUCGAGCACGCUUCAACGAGAUGGCUCUCCGCAGUGUCCGCCUCAGUCUCGGACUUCCUCCCGAGGGUGACCUUCCCAGCUGA